GCUGAAUAAAUCAAUAACCGUAAUAACCCAGACAAGACGACGAGAGAUUACAACAGUAUCAGCUAGAUGUAAAGGCUUCUAUGGACAUUACAACAACAAAAAUCAUGGCAACAGAUUUUGCGCACCCCUUGACAGUACCCUCAUUCAGUUAACUUCCUUUCACGGAGAUGAGACUUUUCGGUAGGAGAAGCCGCGGGAUUCCACAAUGUUUUGCCAUUUAUAAUCUAUCAACUGGCCAAAGAACGACUUCUCACAAACAGUGAGGCACCAGAACAAUGUCUGACCUCCUGGAUGAGACAGCAGAUGGAAUCAAUACAGAUUCCAAUGGCUUGACCUGUAUCGAACCUUCAGCAUGGGAUACCAUCCUUAAAGUAACGAUAGUGCUUAUGAUCACAGAGCUUGUCGUCGGCAUCACAUUUAUGUGUGUUAGGUCGAGACGACAUCGAGUGGACCAUGAGCAUGGGAUGGUGCAUGCUUAUAAGGGUUGGCUGGAACGAAAGCUCAAGCGAAAGGGCCAUGUGAAAUAAGAAGAGAGCCUCGUGCUUAGUGGCUUGAACGCUGAAGGCUGGGGAUACUGGCGUUCUGAUGAUGAAGCCAUAACGGCAGUCUCUGUCACUGAUUAUUCUAUGAAACGCAUCACUAAUGCCGCUUGGAGCAUAGUAGUUUACAUAAUAAAAUAGCCGGUGUUCAUUGAGAGAGUUGUUCCCACUCACCUUCCUUCCUUUCAAA